CCAGUUCAUUGUGCAACACUUCAUGUUUCGCAUCAUCUUGAACUUCAUUAUAAAAGUCAAAUGUCAAAAGACAUGAAUGAAAUAAAUCAUGUAUUAGAAGAUACAUGUUUAAGUACUGAAAAACAAAGUCAAUUGUAUUCCAAAUUCAAGACUACGAACAAUAGUGAUAUGGCGGUUCGAAACAAAUAUUUCAAUGAACCUUGUCAUUAGGACAAAGGAAAAAAACAUCAUUAAUAUCAUUUGUUUUCGUUCAACGAUUACUAAUGUUUGACAUGAUCAUUCAUUGGUUUUAUCUUUUCUUCGGACAAUUUUUUUAAUUCUUUUUCUUAAAUUUAUUGUACAAAAACCACAUAUAAUGAAAUGUAAUUUUUUUCAUAUAUAUCAAAAGAAAGAGAAAAAAAUUAAAUCCAUGUUAUAAAUUAUCAAAUAAAUAUCAUUAGUUUUUAUCCAUUUUCUAUCAUACGUACGUUGACAGAAGAUUACGUUUAGCUUAGUACUGUUCGAUGCUGCCAAAUUCCUCUGUAUUAUGUUCUAUAUACAUGUAUUUCUUUUUAAUUCAUUUGUUCCUCUUGGAUGGGGGUGGGCGUCGUCUGUUCUUUACAUCCACACCCACACCCUUUUGAGAUUUUUCAUACCUCCCUGAAGUCCACCUUAUGCAUAAACUCCUAACUCAAAAACGAUUAAUCACCUGACAUAGUUCCCUCGUAAGUGAAAAUAGAAGAAGUUUGCCAUGAAAUUUUUGAUCAGAAAAGAAAGGUGAACCAAACAGAUUGACAUAUUGGUGAGUUUCGAUGGAUUUUGCAAUUCUUGAGAUGGGUGUUUUUUCAGAUUAAUGGUAGAUUACUAAAAAAAAAACUUAGUGACUUUUGCUUGAUUAUCGUAAAUUCUGAUUUAUUUAGUAGAUUAAAGUUUUCAUAUAUUCCGAUAAAUCUGUUUGGCCAUCAAUUUAGUCUUCAACCGAAUAGGACUAGAACCUAUUUUGUUUCCUUUUUUAAUAUAUUAUUAGAUAAAAUAACGUUUAUACUUUUUGUUCGUUUGAUUUUUGAGAAAAUAAAGUAUUUUAGAAAAUAUUCCUUUAUGCCUUCCUUUUGCUUCUUGUUCACUACCACUCUUAAGGAAAAAAUUAUCUUCUUUCCUUCUACCAUAAAUAUAUACACUGUUCAAGAUCUUGAUAACCACGUCUUUCAGCAAUGUCUAUCUUCUAAUACGUUGAGAAUCUUUGUGAAAUGAUAAGUUCAAGAAUUUUCCUUAUAUAGUUUCAGUCAAUGUCUUUUAUCUGAACUGUUUGAUGACAAUCUUGACGUUUAUCCGUUGCAGGUAUUCCAUAAAAAGAUCAUCGAUUACUUGUUCUCACAAUUUGAAAAUCUCUUUGUUUUGUUAAAUCUCACACAAAGAAAGUUCGUCAAUAUCGUUUAAAAUCUUUUGCUUGUCACUCUAACCAAUGAAUAUAAAUUAACUAAAAAUGAAGAUGAACAAAUCACAGUUGCUGAUUAUUUUCAUAAUAGAUGAAAUAUUUCUUUACAGCAUCGACAUUUACCUGUUGUUGAAUUGUAUAUAUAAUUCAACUGAUAAAAAUCAAUCAUUUUCUUUUUAUCAAUGGAAUUAGUUAUUAUUGAUGAAUGACAACAAAAUUAGAAAGCAUUAACCAGUGAACAAUAUGCUAAAGUAACAAAACAAAAAUCUCUUGUUCGUCUUGAUGAACGUUAUAAAAUGAUUUGCAGUGUUGUUGAUGAAUGUCAACUUAAUAAUGAUUCAUAUUUAGAAAAAUGUUGUCUUAUUGUUAAUGCCAUGUUAAAAUAUUGUAUUCAAUUUAAUUUAUCAUCUAUUGAGAAAUUUGAAGCUGGUGUACCGCAAACAAUUUUAGUUCAUAUGAAUGAACUUAAAAUGUAA